UCGUGCAUCGGAAGUAUCGGUAUUAAGAGGAUCGCGUAUAUCCGCUUGAGUAAUUUUCUCAAAGAGCUGUCUAGUACAGAUGAUGAUACGAUAUCAAAGCUGAUUUAGAAGUGGGUUUACACGAUUGAAAUAGAUUCUGAUUGUCUUCUUCAGUGAUAAAUCAUCAAAAAGUAACUAUUAUUUGUAUAAGUGUGUCUUCCUUUUUAACAGUCACAAAAAGUAAAUUAUUGAAAGUGGAUAACAUUAGGAAACAAUUAUGUUCGGAUGGUCAGAAAAGAGCCAGGUGCUGCGUCUUAUCGCUAUUGAAGUCAUUCUGAUGGUACUGAUGGGAUUAUUCACAGCCUAUGGACCCGAGGUGUCACCACGAAAUGUGACGGUCAAGGCUACUUCUGAAGCAUCAAAUAAAAUUCAAAAAGACACAUCUGUCUAUCCAAUGUAUCAAGACAUCCACGUCAUGAUAUGGAUUGGAUUCGGCUUCCUAAUGACUUUUCCUAAACGAUAUGGGCAGAGCGCAGUUGGAUUAACAUUUCUGGUUGGCGCCAUACUCGUUCAAGUAGCUUUGCUCUUUGAUGGAGUCGUCAAUGUUAGCAAGAACGGGAAGGCUCCCCUAUCUUUAAUAGGACUUUUGAAUGCUGAUGUAGCAGUUGCAGCCCCUUUAAUUUCUAUGGGGGCGGUUCUGGGUAAAACUACCUAUAUGCAACUUAUCUUUAUGGGUAUCGUCGAACUUGCAAUGUACACGGUCAAUAAAUACAUUGGCGAGUAUUAUUUUAUGGCAGUUGAUACUGGAGGGAGCAUGUUCGUUCACGUCUUUGGAGCUUAUUUUGGAUUGGCUGUGAGUUUUGCUUUUGGGAUGAAAGAGAAACCUAAAGCGCAUCAUCUAGAAGGGUCUACGUAUCAAUCUGAUAUUUUUGCUAUGAUUGGAACAAUUUUUCUAUGGCUCUUCUGGCCUUCCUUCAAUAGUGCCACUCUUCAAGGCGAUGACCAACAACGAGCCAUCAUAAAUACAUUACUUGCAAUAGUUGCAAGUUGUGUGAUGUCCUUUGCUAUUUCAGCUCUCGUAUCUAAUCAAAAUAAAUUCAACAUGGUCCACAUUCAAAAUUCAACACUGGCGGGCGGUGUGGCCAUUGGGACUGCUGCAGGAAUGAUGUGUCAACCAAUUGGAGCAUUAGUUUUAGGUGGAUUAGCCGGUGUUUUGAGUGUUCUUGGAUACAAAUAUCUCACUCCACUAAUCCAAAAACGACUAAGAAUUCAUGACACGUGCGGAGUACAUAACUUGCAUGGAAUGCCGGGAGUAAUUGCUGGAAUUUUUGGUGCUUUGAUGGCAGGCAUAGCUACUGAAGACAUGUACAAUGAUUCAAUAUACCAGAUAUUUCCUGCGCGAGCUCCCAGUUCAGGUGGAAGGCUGAUUGAAUUAAGAGAUAAUUUAGGAAUAUGUGCUGGUCUUGAUCGAACUGGUGGUCAACAAGCUGUUUAUCAAUUAGCUGCACUUGCUGUAACUCUUGCAAAUGCUAUAGUAUCCGGUUUAAUUACAGGAAUAAUUUUACGUAUGGAUAUUUGUGGAAUUGUAACGGAAGACGAAAAAUUUAACGAUAAUUUCCAUUGGGAACUUGAAGAUGAUGCUGAACAAGAAAUUUCCCAUAAACCUCGAGAAAGUAAUAUAACAAGAGUUGAACAAAUUGUAAUGAGUAAUAUGUAAAAUUUAUCCCUUCUCAAUAAUAAUUCGUAUA